CGCGGCCCCAGUUCCCCACAGGCGGAGGGCGGGCGAGUUCCCACUGUGCAAGGCUGCCGCGGAGCCGCCCCGCGCCUCCUGCUCGCAGCGUCUCCGGGAGCCGGCGGCCGCCGCCGCCUGCCCGCCAAGAUGGAGCAAACAUGUGAUGAUAUAGAUGAAAUGUUCAGCAAUUUACUUGGGGAGAUGGACAUACUGACCCAGAGUUUAGGAGUGGAGACUGUACAACCUCCAUCCCCCAAAGUGUCCAACAAUGAAUUUAGCUUUACAGUUGGUUUUAAAGAUUUAAAUGAAUCUCUAAGUGCCCUAGAGGACAAAGACCUGGAUGCUUUAAUGGCUGAUCUUGUAGCAGACAUAAAUGAGGUUGAACAGAGAACUUUACAAGCCCAGAAAACUUCUGGGAACCAGCAAAGUACAGUCACUCAGGCUUCAACAGGCUUGGAUCGUGACAUUUAUUCUAAAUCAAGUCCUUAUGUUACCAUUACUGGACAGUUUGGGGAUGACUUACCCCCUCCACCUCCAGACCCUGAUUUAGACCUUCCACCACCACCACCACCACCUCCUCCUGAGCCACUCACCCAGGAAGAACAAGAGGCACAGGCUAAAGCUGACAAGAUUAAGCUUGCAUUGGAGAAACUGAAGGAAGCCAAAGUUAAAAAGCUUGUUGUCAAGGUGCACAUGUACGAUAACAGCACAAAGUCACUAAUGGUGGAUGAGCGUCAGGUGACACGGGAUGUUUUAGACAAUCUGUUUGAGAAAACCCAUUGCGACUGCAACGUUGACUGGUGUCUGUAUGAAAUGUACCCAGAGCUGCAAAUUGAAAGGUUUUUUGAAGACCAUGAAAAUGUUGUUGAAGUGUUAUCAGACUGGACUCGAGACACUGAGAAUAAGAUUCUGUUUUUGGAAAAAGGUGAAAAAUAUGCUUUAUUUAAAAAUCCCCAGAAUUUCUACCUGGCAAGCAAAGGGAAGAAUGAAAGCAAAGAAAUGAAUGAUAAAAACAAAGAGGCUUUACUGGAGGAAAGCUUCUGUGGGACAUCUGUCAUUGUGCCAGAGCUUGAAGGGGCCCUUUACUUAAAAGAAGAUGGAAAAAAGUCCUGGAAGAGGCGUUAUUUUCUUCUACGAGCUUCUGGAAUUUAUUAUGUACCCAAAGGAAAAACCAAGACAUCACGGGAUCUGGCAUGCUUCAUUCAGUUUGAGAAUAUGAACGUUUAUUAUGGUUCUCAACACAAAGUGAAAUAUAAGGCACCUACAGAUCACUGCUUUGUCUUAAAGCACCCCCAGAUUCAAAAAGAGUCACAAUACAUCAAGUACUUAUGCUGUGAUGAUCAAGCAACCCUGCAUCAGUGGGUAACAGGAAUAAGAAUUGCCAAGUAUGGCAAGACAUUAUAUGAUAAUUACAAAUGUGCAGUGAAGAAAGCUGGCUUGUCCUCACGGUGGACAAAUCAGGGGAUGGUGGAACCAGCUGCCCCUGCAGGAUCCUUUGCAGCAGGUGCUGUUCAGUCAAAUGGACAGAUUCCACAAAUAGUUCAUCGUUCCAGUGCAGAAUUUCCAGAGACUCAGAAGAAAGUGGACACAUCAGAGGUACAGGCUAAGUCAAAUAACAUCAGUGCACCUGGCCUGGCACAGUCGGUGAUGAGGCCACAGAAAUACCAGAGUAGGGGGAACUCAUUGCAGCCCCCUCCUCCACCUGAAAGGCGGUCAUCUGCUAUUACUGUUUCACCAAUUCUACCCUCCAAAGUCAAACGAGACAGCGGCGUUUUCCUAACAGAUCCAGACAGCUUUCCAGCACCACCACCUACAUUGAAGAUUGAUUUUCCACCACCACCACCACCACCAUCUGAUUUCUGUGAACCUCCUCCUGAUUUUGUGCCUCCACCACCACCAGCAUCCAGCAGCGGUAAUGGAGACCUGCCAUUACCCCCUCCACCUCCACCUGUCUCCAGUAAGCCACCACCUCCAACAAAGAAACCUGUGCCACUUCCUUCAAAAAGGCUAGAAAACACAGGACAAGCUGGAGAGCCACGGUCAGCUGGGCCACCUCCAAUAGGGGGUGGAGGCAAGCAAGCAGAUUUCAUGUCUGACCUAAUGAAAGCUCUUGAGAAGAAAAGAGGCAGCAGCUCCUGAACUCUGGGAGAAGGUGGACUUCAAGCCGUAGCUGGUUUUGUGAGGCAUCAUGGAAAGUUGUGCUGGGUCAGGCUCCUCCAGGAGGAAUUCUCCUUCAGGGUUCCUCCUGGGGGUCUAAAGAAGUGAGGUGGAGUGCCCUCUGUCCCCCACUUUGUCCCUAUAACCUGGUCCUCCCCCCCCCCAUUAACUACCAUUCCAGCAUCAGGCCAAGGUAAGAAUUGGCUGUAGAGUCUUGCUUCACUCCAUCAGGACAGCCAGGGAUGGUGGAGCAGCACUCGCAGAGCCAGCCAGUAAGUGAAGUGCAUCUUCUCUGGCUGCCUCUCUAGUAGGAUUGGAGCUGAAGGGAAAAAUACAGCAAUCUUCUUGUGUGAAUGUUGAGAAGUAGGAAGAUUCCUUUUCACAGAAUUCCCCUUAAAAUUUCUUUUAUCAGAAAACCCCCAAUUGUGGGGUUUUUUUAAAAUAAUAAGACCCGAAUUUCUUUUUCAAAAACAGUCUGUCUUAAAAAGUAAAACCUCAGCUAGAUUAUUCUGAGAUACAAAGCAGGACCAGGGCCAUUUCCAGACAGUGUCACCCCAAAUGUUAUACACUCCUGCUUCCAUAUGCAACUCCAGUCAUACCUGUUCAGCACUCACAGUUGCUGCCUUUAAAUCUGGUUUAUUUGGUUAAUCUUAAACAAAGAAAAAAUUUUAUUUUGAAAUCUUGUGUGCUUCCCUUGGUAAGCAGGGAUUUUUUUCUUGUUGAUUAAUAUUUGUCUUCAAACUGUAGCUAGCAAUAGUCUGUCUUCUGAAAGCCUUUGUAAUUAUCUUGUACCUGAUAUGAAUGUCUUCUCCUACAUUUUUUUUCAUUUGUUCUCUCAUUUUAAUUCUCUGUUGUUCAUUUAGGCAGCAUUCAUUAUUAGUUCUCAAAAAUAGCUUCUAUUUUAUAUCUACACAAAGUGUCAUAGUUAAUGAACAGGCAUUUUACUGGCAAUUGGUACCACUUAAACUAUUUUAAAGAGUUUUUGCCUAUACUUUCUAGUCUUUAUUUUUAUUUCGUCCAGUCUUUGCCUCUUCUCAUGCACAUGAUCUUCUAAGAUAUCAUAAAUAAUGCAUUUCUGUAUUUUGCAAUACAAAAAGCAUAAAAAGCAAAGUGUGCAGUCUAAAUAAAUACAUAGGAGCAGCUGGCAGAGGAGGGGGUGAGAACACUGCUGUUUGUCAAAAUGGAGUCCUAGGUCAAGAAGUGGUGGCGGGAGGCAAGGGAAUGACAAGCUGGUGGCAGUGCCACGGCCUGGGAAAGUUUUGGGUCAUCUCUAGUCUUAUUUUUGGCUUAAAGUUGGUGUGUCGAUACUCAUGUACCUGCAUAACAGCCUAACAGAAAUGUGAAGGUUAUAACCACAUCUUUAUAAAGUGCCUUUGCUUUUGAAAUUACUACCUUGUUUUCAGCUUAAAAAAAAAAAAAAAAGAUGUUAUGAACCACAUGCAUUUCUUCCUGCCACUGAAAUGAUUUUGCUUUAAACACUGUGGUAAAGCCCACAGCUGUGUCAUUUCUAGUGGAAGAAGUGGCUGCUUGAGGCAGACCGAUAAAUGCAUCUGUAUGUGGGUAAAGGCAGUUGUGGUUAGUAUUCCUCCCUAGUUUUGAGCUUGAAAAAAAAUGUAAAAGCAUUUUAAUUGCAAGGUUUUACAAGAUCGUAUGUGUGAGAGAUGGUAAAGAGCGAGAUACAUAUCUGCACAGGUGGCAGAGAGUUGGGGCAUUGCCUGCAGGGGCCGCUGUUUGAGCAUAGACAAGGAGCAUUAAAAGUCUGUUGAUGCUAUGGUUUAAAGGAGGCCCACCCCCACAGCAGUAUGUCACACCACAUGUUCCCAUGUUGACCCCACUCCCCGGUGGGGUCUUUGGUUUAGGUCAAUUAUUUGUCCACUCUGGAAGAGGUAGGGGACUUUUCUGGCUCUCCAAGGUCAUGCAGGUAUAUGAGGCUACUGAGGCCUGCCCUUCACCCCAACAUGCCUUGCAGUCUCUGCGCUGACCGACAUCAAUGACAACAUUGUCAGUAGAGUCCGAAAGUGUAACACUAACCGAGGCAAUCGCUGGCUGUUACAGCCCCACAUCACCUCAGAGUUGCAGACCCUUAUCUUCCACAUUGUCCACAAGUUCACAGCACAACGGGCCACCCUUUUAUCCAAGUACAGACAGCAGUGCUGGCUGGCCCAUCUUGCUUUUGUUCAGGUGGCUCCUACUAUGUUUUGCACAUUUUGAUGGCUGCAUAAGCAUAGUCCUCCAUAAGACAGCAAAGACCAGGACUUUGCUAUGACAAACCACAAACCACGAGCACUCAGGAUCAUGGAGCCAGACCUGUGACAAGUUGGGGCAAUGCAAGGCAAAACAUGCCCAUCUCAGCACUAGGAGGAGCAGGUGGUACCUGGUCAAAGCAGUAGGAGCGAAAGGACGGGCCCUUGGAAGGAGCCGACAUGGAGGGUGGUGAUGGACACAAGAGGAACUCAGGGAUGCUUCAGCUGGGGAAGUGCCAGAUGAGUUACUAAAAAAAGUUUAUGUGACGUCCCGCAACUUAAUCUGUUUUCAGUUGAGACAAGUUGAAGCUAAAGGAUAUUUUUCCUGCAGUAAUCGUGCCCAUCCCCAGAGUUACUCAGGUGUAGCCAUGGGACAACCGCUCCCUGUUUCCUCCUUCCUUUCUUUGGUUUGUCAGCAGUGUAAGCAUUGGAAGAGUAGUUAAAUCUCACAUCAGGGAUAUGGGGAUGGGGGGAUGUCUUACGACUGCUGUUAACCAUUUCUUUGCUCUGCACCCUAUGGUUGAGGAGCUAUCAUUGCUAGCAAGCUGCUUCAGCUUGUACACCUCUGUCUUUACUGCUAAGUAAAAGAAGAUGAGGAUGCAAGCUUGAGUGCUGGCCUAGUGCUCACCCGUACUGCCAAAGCGGGCCUAAGCACAGUCCCAGGUACAAUUCAAGGAACUGCCUAGGCCAGGAACCAUUCCCAGAAGACAACAUGGACAAGUCUAAAGCAAGUUUCACUUCCCGUACAGAGAUCCCCUGUGGUGCAGAUAUGGCCAGUUAGGGUACCAGUCUGGGGGCCAAGGGACUAGUUCCUGGCCCUCUUACUUGCCAAUACAGACAGACCCCAUGCAACUCUUGCUGGUCCUCUAGCCCCCUUGCUUUCACUGAACUGAGCAAAAAGCUCUCAUCAAGAGAACUAUGUUCACCACUAACACAAAUGUUACCUAGAAACUUUGAACUGACAUGCUAGAACAUUCAAAAGGUAUCUCAUCAUCUCUGAACGGCCAAACUGAGAAAUGCUCUCGAGACCAGUGCAAGGCUUAUAAGCUUAGUACAAGCUUUAGUUCCAACUGCAGGAGAAAAAAUACUAACUAGCUAAAGGUAGGAGGGUUAAAACUAGGGCUUAAAAAAAAGGGGGGGGGGAUUAAUGUUUCCCAGUUGCUUUCCAUAUGUAACUGAGGUAAGCAUUAUGCAAAAAUCACUGAAUGCUAAAGAGCUGGGUAUCAUUUUCUGACAAGGUAUUAGGAGUGCACAUCUUCAACACACUUACGUGACAACAACUGCCUGCUAUCCAACUAUUUUUAAAUCUAAUGAAUUUUCUUUUAUGAAAUACACACUCAGCAUCAAAGCAGAACAUGUCCUUAGAAAAAUGAUGCACAAUAAGCUAGUUUCUCUGAAUUCACAAAGCACUAAGACUUCUACAUGGAUUUCUUAGCAGUCACUCUUCUCACCAGAAGUCUCAGUCUCCUGCCCUGUUUCCUCCCUUCUCUUUUGUUACUGUACAAUAAACUCAAAUUUUAUACAUUCUA